AUGGGGGAGUUCCAGGACGCAGUGCCCAAACUGAAGGGCGUGUCCAACUUUCGAAACUGGCAGACUAGUCUGGAACACUACCUGAAUUAUCGGAACCCUGGCAUGUGGGCAGUUAUGACUGGUGCCCAUGUCCCUGAAACCAACAACCCUCUACCUACCCCUGGUGAAGAAGAGGUCCGCUUGCACAUCUCCGCCGAGCAUGAUAUCACUCCGGAGGAUGUCACAAGUUCUCAGAUUCGCGAGUGGCUCCAGGUGAAUAUUUUGCAGAAGAAUGAGGAAUUCGCCACCUGGCAUAAGCUUAAUGCUGGAUGCCUUUUUUAUCUGAGUGCUUCUCUGGCUGAAUCCAUCAAAGCGUGCAUUCGGAAAUUCAAGGUGGCCUCCGAAGCGUACGAGGAGAUCUGCUCCUUCUGGAAAUUAGAGAGUUCCCUGGCCUUUCCAGAGAGAUACCGCAAGUGGGUCACAUGCCACUAUCGACAGGGAGGAAAGGCCCGUGUGUUCGUGCACAAGUGGAAAAAAUGCCUUCAGGAGGUCCAAGAGGUUUCUCCUGAUCUACUCCCUCCAGCAUGGCAGUAUGGACAGUUCCUACAGGCUAUCCGCUCACACCCUGAGGCUGAGCUACUGGUGACCCAUCACAAGCCCGAUCUGGAGAGCCCGCGUAUUUUGCAAGACGUUAUUUCGAAAUUCUUGUCCUUGGGAUAG